AGACAUUCUAGUUUACUUCACUCACUGACACUGCACACUUCAUUUGUGAACAAAAACAAAUAAUUGUUCCUCUUUUUUGUUCUUCUAUUCCAUGGCGAGGCUGCUUCGCAACGCCAACACUUCCCUCCUCAAACGUUCCCUCUUCCACUCCGACCUUCUAACGCGCUUUUGCCUUGAACCAGGAGUAUUGGGCACGUCUAAAAUUUUGAGCUUUUCAACCCAUAAAGGUAAAAGGAGGUCUAAAUCAGAUGCAAGUGACUCAGGUGAAGAAAACAUGUCUAAGAAAGAUUUGGCCCUGCAGCAAGCUAUUGAUCAGAUCACCUCUGCUCAUGGAAAGGGGUCUAUCAUGUGGCUUGGUCGUUCCGUGGCACCAAAAAAUGUACCUGUGGUGUCUACUGGUUCUUUUGCUCUGGAUAUAGCACUUGGGGUUGGAGGUCUUCCAAAGGGGCGUGUUGUGGAAAUAUUUGGUCCAGAGGCUUCUGGGAAAACAACCCUUGCUCUGCAUGUGAUUGCAGAAGCACAAAAGCUAGGAGGCUAUUGCGCCUUUGUUGAUGCUGAGCAUGCACUGGAUAAGACACUUGCAGAGUCAAUUGGUGUAAAUACUAAGAACUUGCUUCUCUCACAACCAGAUUGUGGUGAACAAGCACUUAGCCUUGUGGAUACCUUAAUCAGGAGUGGUUCAGUUGAUGUAAUUGUUGUUGACAGUGUGGCUGCUCUUGUUCCUAAAGGCGAGCUUGAUGGUGAGAUGGGUGAUGCUCACAUGGCAAUGCAGGCUAGGUUGAUGAGCCAGGCUCUUCGGAAAUUGUGUCACUCCUUGUCACUUUCACAGUGUAUAUUGGUUUUUAUAAACCAGGUGAGAUCAAAGAUUUCUACUUUUGGGGGAUUUGCUGGGCCCACUGAAGUUACUUGUGGUGGUAAUGCACUGAAGUUCUAUGCUUCUGUGCGGCUAAAUAUCAAACGAAUAGGGUUUAUCAAGAAGGGUGAAGAGACUUUAGCAAGCCAGGUCCUUGUCAAGGUUGUGAAGAACAAGCAUGCCCCUCCAUUUAAAACUGCACAGUUUGAGCUUGAGUUUGGCAAGGGUAUAAGUAGAGAAGCCGAGAUCAUAGAGUUGAGCAUAAAAUACAAAAUUAUAAGGAAGAGUGGUUCAUUUUAUGAAUAUAAUGGCCAAAAUUUCCAUGGUAAGGAUGCUCUAAAGAGGUUCUUGGCAGACACAGAUGGUGUACAAGAAUUAGCAACAAAGCUUAGGGAGAAGAUUCUUAAUGCUGAUCCAGAACUGGUGCCGGAGGUACCAGUGAUGAUGGGAGAUGUCACGGAAGAAAUGGUAUCGCUUGAUUCCACUGAUGAAGCAGCAGCUAUAGUAGCAUGAAUUUGCAAGUAACCACAAAAUAUGGGGUGCUCUUGUUUCCCUGCUUCAAAAUGGACCCUACUCAAGGGUUUUACAGAUGAAGGUGGCUCUAAAAGUAAAACAACAGAUGCCUUUGCUUCCUAGUUUGGAACAACACUUCCUUCUUGCAAGCACAAGGCACAUUGCCUUUGUAAAUUAAAAAUUUUGGUCAUUUUAUGCGAGCCAUGAGUCAUGUGGGUCGUCUUAGUUUUGUUAUUUGGAGGAACAGACACUCAAGGGGGGAAUCAAGGGCUCUAAGCUGAUCAAUAGUUAAGUCAGUGCUGAUUAUUUGGAAGGAUAUUAAUCUGCAAGUUAUAUAAUGGUAUGUGUAUAUGUAUUCCUAACAGUAAACUUUUUGCAUGCAUUUAUGGAACCAGGGAAGACAGAUCAUUUUAUCUUACCAAAUCAAACUUAAUACGUGUUAAUGAUUUCA